AUGUUUCAAAAAAGGAGCGUUGGGAGUGUCUCUCGGAGGAAGGACUUCGAUUACUCUAAUGCUGAUGUUGCGGAAGGAGAAUUUAUUGAUAAAAUUGGCAAAAUGAUGACAUAUCGCGUUUUAAGGUCAAAAAAGUCGGGAUUAAACACUAAAGACAUGCCAAAAUCUUUAAAUGAUAAAUUAAAUUUCGAUUUGGAAGAGGAAAAUGAUGAGGAUGGGAUGAAGUAUGGCCUUUUGAAGCGAAAGUUUGUCUCAGAUGAUUCGGAGAAGAAGGAUAAAGAUAAAGAAUUAGAGGAAUUCAUUCUCCAACAUAUGCAUAAAGAUGACAAAAAACUCGCCAAUCUCCCUAAAGAUAUAAAGAACCAGCUUUAUCAGUUACCGGAUGAACUAAAUGUGAAGGAUGAUUUUGUUGAUAGAAAUAAUGACAAAUUGGGAUGGCUUAAUGGUAUUGCGGAAAUACCAUUAACGGCAGAGGAUAAAGUGAAAAAUAUUGAAGCAGUGGAGGAAGCUAAGCGGGAUUAUAUGAAGAAAUUAUCGCAAAGUUCAAGUAACGAUUCAAGCUCAUCAUUGAACACGCUGAAGAAAGCAUUUGGACCGAGAUUCAUUACUUGA